AUGGCGAAAGCACUCUGGCAGAAGAAACAACUGGCUUGGCCAGAGCUGAGCCUGGGUGACAUACAGGGCCUGUGCCUGCGAAGGUGGACUGGCGCGAGAGGACAACGACGGAGACACGCGGAGCGAUUUUGGAAGAUCCUAAUAUCUGAGUCCGCCUUCCUGAUCUGGAAGCUGCGUUGUGAGAGAGUUAUCGGACACGCCGACGAAGAUGACUGGGAACACACCGGUCAGGCAAUCCGAGCCAGAUGGACUAGGGCCAUGAACGAAAGGCUACAUCUUGAUAUGGUGCAGACGCACAGGCGAUUCGGCCGGUCCGCAGUCAAAAAGGACAAGGUCCUGGGAACGUGGAAUGGCACACUGUUUGAUGAGCUGGCCUUACCGGAAGACUGGACUACAUACAAUAGGGUUUUAGUGGGUAUUGACGCGACGCGUCUCGACAUACGGGACGAUGGUUGA